GUUGGUGAGGUCUAGUGACACCAAGCCGUCCAAUGGACCCACUCUUCUUACGUACGGCUGGAAGUGGCAGAAUGGGUAGUGGAGGUCCACCAUGUCCAAUCCGUUUGGUGGAAGCUGCGCAUGAUGAGGAGGAUUUGAAGCGAAUUUUUGAAGUUUCUUUCAUCCACGAGGUAGAGCUCAAAUUGAGGAUAGAAAGGGUCAACGUCAUUCCUCAGAAUCACUUUGAGUCUGCUGUACUGGCCUUGUACCCUAACCCUGAGUUGUAUCCCAGUGAAGGUGGACAAAUCUUGUGGGGUCAGUUUCAUUUGAACCCCAGCAAAAGAGGUCCCAGCAUUAUCCUUUUCAUUCAGCAGUGUGAACAAAACACCUCUCUGGGAUUUCCUGGUUCUGAUCAGGUAAUUCCAAGGGUUGCCCCCAGGUCUUCCAAGGCAAUUCCGCCAUUUUCAUCGACAGCCGCCACUUUCGAGCUGAAAAAAAGUUCCGAUGUUAUAUCUAACAUUCACACCGUCUUUGCAGAUCAUCAUCACUAUACACAGGCACUUUAG